AUGGUUCUUCACCUUUGUCACAUUCCAAUGGCAGAACAAUACCUCUCUCUACUUUCUCACGCAAUUCCUUUGUCAAUGUUGAGAAGGGUGAUCCAGUGGCAUUCCGGUCAUAUUGGGAGAAGGUGAGAGAUGAAUGUACGGUAGAGAUCAAAGGUGACGAAUGGAUGAGUUACCUUGGUGAUACAAACAACUUAUGUUGGUAUAUGGUGCCACAAAUGAGGGAUGCAAUUUUGAGGCUCCACAAUGUGGUCGGUAAUGCUGUCACAAAAGAUAAGUUCUUAGUAUUAGGGACAGGUUCUUCUCAACUCUACCAAGCUCUUCUAUAUGCACUAUCUCCUUCAGAAUCCUCUCAUCGUCCCAUCAAUGUUGUUGCUGCUGCUCCUUAUUAUUCGGAAUACAAAGACGCAACUGAUAUCUUGCAAUCAAGGUUAUUUCAAUGGACUGGUGAUGCUGCUCUGUAUGAUAAAGAUGAACCUUACAUAGAGGUUGUGACCUCCCCAAACAACCCUGAUGGGACUCUUCGUGUACCGGUAGUGAACUCUCGAGUUGAAGGGAAAAUCAUUUAUGACUUGGCCUAUUACUGGCCGCAAUACACUCCCAUUACUGAUCAGCUUGACCAUGAUGUUAUGGUCUUCACAUUCUCCAAAUGCACCGGUCUUGCUGGUGGGCAUUUGUAA